CCUAGUACUUGCAGCAGCCAUGCUGCACGCACAGUCCUUCCUGCCAUGGCUGCUUCUGCUAGCGAUGCCUGUCCGCACCCACACCUGGUCACGGCCCCUGUGGUACCAGGUGGGGCUGGACUUACAGCCCUGGGGGUGCCAGCCAAACAGCCUGGAGGGUUGCAAGGGCAGCCUGGGCUGUCCUGGCCAUUGGAUGGGCCUGGGGGUGAACCGCAUCUACCCAGUGGCUGGGGUCACCGUCGCCACUACCAUGAUGCUGAUGCUCAGCCGUGCGGUGAUGCAACGGCGGCGCUCACAGGCCACUAAGAGUGAGCAUCCGCAGGUGACGGCUAACCCCUGUGCACCCUGGAAACGACGGGCCCCGAUCUCAGACCGUGCCCUACUCCUUGGGGUCCUGCACAUGCUGGAUGCCCUCCUGGUCCAUAUUGAGGGCCAUCUGCAGCGUCUAGCCACCCAGCAGCGAACCCAAAUAAAGGAGACUCCUGCCCAGAGCGGGUGA